AUGUCAUUAUUUAAAUCAUCUUCCUCUAAUAAAGAGGAGAUAAAGAUUCAAUUUAAUAUACGUAUAAACAAGAUUGAAGGUUUACCAAAAGCAACGGCCAACUGGAUAUGGGUGUCUUGGAAAAGAGGUAAAAAGAUUGACAACCAAGGAGACUCUAGAAGAGUCGUUUCAAAGGAUGGUGUUGCCACAUUCGAUCAACCAUUUAGUCUACAGGCAUCACUACUCAAAGAUAAAAAGGGUCAGUUCCAACCUAAAAAGAUAAAGUUUACCAUCACCGAAGAAAAGGAAAAGGAAAAGGACAAGUCUGGUAAAAAGUUUGCAACUACUAUUGGUAGCGUUGAAGUUGAUCUUGCUCAUUAUGCAGAGGCAAAGACUGAAAGAUCAAGAACUUUCCCUAUAAGUGAUAAAUCAAAAGUUUCUACUUCUUUAUCUUUAUCAUUUCAAUCACAAUUAUUAAAGAUUAAUGGUAAAUCUAUAAUGAAAGCAGAGAAUGAUAUGCAAAAGGAGAUUUAUAGUACAAUGGGUAAACAAAAGGUGAAUGUAGAUGGUGAGGAAUACUUUUUGGGAACGGAUCAUAGUACUAGUGAACCUGAUGAAACUGAUUUUGCUCCGACAAGCGAGGAUCAUGAUCCUGCAGACGACGAUGAAGAGGAUAUUAGUUUUGAAGAUGAUCAUCCUCCUCCUCUUGGAUCAGUGUCUAGUGGAUCACUUUCGAGAAAAGAUUCAAAUCUUUCAAACUCUUCAUCUGCUAGUGCUGGUGAACAACACCAUCCAACCCCUACAAGAGGUGAGUCAUUGUUGACUGGACUUAAAAAGGUUUCAGAAACACCAUCAUCAUCAUCUCCAUCCAUCUCUACACAUUCACCUGCUGUAUCUGUAUCAACACCAACUACUACGACCACAACUACAACGACUACUUCAACACCAACCUCUUCACUUGCACCACCAACUCCAACACCAGUAAAAGAAUUAUCAUCAAAUAAUCUAUUAAAAAAAGAUGAAAGUAGUUCUGAAAAGUUGAAAAAGUACAAGAAAAAGAUAAAGUCUUUGCAAACAGACUUGGAUAAAUCACGUUCUCAAAUCACUACACUCUCAAAAGAGCGUGACGACAUGUUUGGUGAGAUGGAAAAGAUAAAGGAGCGUAGCAAGAGUGUUGGCGCAGGAACCAUUGCACAGUUUGCGGGCGAGGUGGAAGCACUCAAGGAUCAGGUGACCAAACUCACCAAAGAGAAAAAUGAAACGAGUGAACACCUCUACAUGGAACGUAACCAAAAUAUCAAGAGUAUGAACGACGUGACUCAACUCCAAAACCAAAUCAUUACACUCAAUGCAAACAGUGAACGUCAUCAACAAGAAAAGACAGAACUCGAGAAACAACUCCGUGAAAAGGUGAGUCAGCCAGCAAACAACGAUGUGACUGCCGAAACAUUGGCAUUGCAAGAGGCUGCACUCGAACAAGCACAAGCCGAUCAACAAAGACUACAGGAAGAGUUGGCACAGGCCAGAACCGCCCAACAACAGGCACAAGACGAGUCACGUAGAACCUACUUGCAAUUGGAAGAGGAGCGUCUCAAGUGCAACGGCAUUGAGGGUACCAACGGACGUAUCGAGCAAGACAAUAAGAACCUUCGUGACCAAAUCCAACAUUUGGAGAAAUCGCUGGUUGCCAACUCUGACGAGAUGGAUCGUUUCAAUGUGCAAGAGGCCGAACUCAACAAUGCACGUGAUAAACUAAAACUCUAUGAUAGUCGCGAGAUUGAGUUUCAAGAAAAGAUCGAGACGCUCACCAAUCAACUCAAAGAUGCUUCAAGUGCUCAAGAACAACUAGACCAACAAUCUAAACGUAUUAAAGAUUUGGAAAAGGAAAUUGAAGCCAUGACUGCAAAGGAAAUUGAAAGUCGUAAUGCAAUUGAUAAAAUGGAAAAUGAUUAUCUUGAAAAGGUUAGAGAUUUGGAAUCUAAAUUAAAUCAAAAUGAAAAGGAUGGUGAAAAGGAUCAAGGUGAUGAUGAAAAAGAUCAAGAGAUUGAAAAAUUAAAAGAACAAUUGGAAAUUCAAAAAAAAGAGUCUAGUAGAAUUACAAAAGAUUAUGAAGACAAGAUCAUUGAAUUGGAAAGAGAUUUGGGUGAAACAUUGAGUCAAGAACGUGAUAAACUCAAACAAAAAGAUGUAGAAUUAAAAGAUAUGGAAGAUAGAAUUGUUGAAUUCCAAGUUGAAUUGCGUCAAAAAGAAGAAAAAUUGGUACAACAACAAGAAGAAUUGGAACAAAAACAACAAGAAUUGGAAAAACAACAAUCCGAACAACAAUCUGAAGAACAUUCCAAAUCAAAUGAAUCAGAAGAACUUGAAAAUUUCAAGAAUCAAUUAGAAGUUGCAAAGAGAGAACUUGAAGUUGCAAAGAAACAAUUUGAAGAUGAUCAACAACAAAUCAAGAUUGUUUCCUCUCAAUUGACCAAUGAAAAGACACGUGCAUCAGAGGCUGAAAGAAAGGCUGAAGAAUUAAAGGAUCGUAUAAAUGAUGUUUCUCGUGACGUCACUGAACGUGAUCAACGUAUUGUAGAGUUGACUCGUGAAAUUGAACGUGGACAAAAUGCAACAUCAGUCUUGGCAAUUACCGAAGAAGAGUUGGGUGAACUUCGCAACAAACUCCAACUACUCGAAGAAAAGCAAACUAAAAACAAAGAGAAAAAGGAUACUUACAAGACAAAGAUUGCAAAGUUGAAAGAAACCAUUGAAGAGUUGCAAGAAGAAAAGGAGGAAAACGGACAAAAGGAAAAGGAUUCAGAUGACCAAGUCGAUGCAAAACUAGAGUAUACUAUAAAGGAAUUGGCCAUCUACAAGGAAGAAGCACAAAGUUACAAGGAUCAAUUGGAAGAUUACAAGCAAGACACCAACAAGAAAUCAAAUACUAUUGGUGAAUACCAAAAAUUAAUGAACGAUCUCCAAAAAGAAGUCGAUCAACUAAACGGACAAAAGGAAAAACUUUCAGAACAAUUACUAGAAGCUACUGAAACUAUUGGUUCUCUCAAAGAUGAACUACAAGAAUCUGAAUCUGCCAAUGAACGCCAAAACAACAAGAACAACAAUGACAGUAGUGAUGAAGAAAGUACAGAUGUAUUACGUGAAAAGAUUGACAAGUACAAGGAAAAGAUUAGAGAUUUGAAAGAAGAAUUGGAACAAAAGGAAGAUGAAAUGGCAGAAGAAAAGGUUAAAUUUGAAGAGACUGUUGCUACUUUGGAAUCACAAAUUGCUGCUGCCGCUACGACAACCGUUGCAGCCGUCGCCUCUAAUGUCAUAACAAUGGACAAGGAAAAAGAAACAAACAUGUUGGAAGAGAUUGAUAAUCUUAGACAACAUGUAAAGGUACUUAAAAUUGAACGUGAUGGAGAAAGACAAAGUAACAUCCAAUUGGCCGAACAAGUUAAUGUCAUUGGUACCAAAUACAAUGACCUUGUAAAGGAAUCUGAACAAUUAAAAGAAAAAUUGGAAAAUCCUCAACCAACCACCUCCUCUAUCACUUCACCAAAGGCAGAUUCAAGUGAACUUAAAAAAGAAUUGGAACAAUACAAGGCCAUUGAAUCAUGUGUCUAUUGGCCAGACUUGGAAUUUGAUAGAAAUAAUGUACCUUUCUGUGGUAGUACCAUUUGGACAAUGAUCAUGUCAAAUGGUGGUCUAUCUAAAUUAUCAAAUCAUGUAUUCUUAUCAAAAAUUAUUAGUGCCAUUGAAAAAUCUUAUCUUAGAUCAGGAGAUGAUUGUAAACUUAUUUGUUAUUGGUUCUCUACAGUUGUUCAUUUACUUCACAAGAUUCAUCAAAAUGCUCUUGUUCCAAAAUCAGCAGAUCCAAUUCUAUCUGGUGUUGAAAUUAAUCAAGAUUCAUUUAUUAAUCCAGCUCCUGAAUUUGGUGGUAGUUUUAUUAGAGACCUUCAAUUAUUAAAUUUAAAUAUUUAUGGAAAAUUAAUUUCAAUUAUUGAAUCGAAAUUAGAAAAAGUUUUAAUACCAGCUAUAUUCACAAGUCAAGAUUCAUUAUUCGAGACAAAGGGAUCAAAGACUUCUCCAGGCAAUGCUUCCUCUAUACAAAAACAUCAACACCAUAAUAGCAAUGGCGGAAAUGCUCAAUAUUCAAUGAAUAACAUUUUAAUCAUUUUAGAUUCCAUUCUUUACUUUUUGGAUGAAGGUAAAGUUUGCCAAUUAUUAUCAAAUCAAUUAUUAAAUCAAACAUUUUAUUUUAUGAAUUGUCAAAUUACCAAUCACUUUUUAAGUAAUCCAAGAGUAUGUAGAGCAACAGUAGCAUUUACAGUAAAGAUGAGUAUUUCACGUCUAAAAGAAUGGUGUUCACAAACCAUUUUCAAGAAUGCUUGUGAUCAAUUGGAUUCUUCAUUGGAAGUUGCCAAUCUGUUUGUUGUUGACAAAUCGGUUGUGGUUGACGUUGAAGGUAUCAAAUCGAUUUUCCAAAAACUCAACCUAUUGCAAAUCAAACGUCUCUUGGAAUCAUGGAGACCUGAUGAACUAUCACCAGACCCUCUUCCAAAUUCACUUCAACACGCUAUGGAUUUGAAUUGGAGACAAUCAUCUCAAGAAAUGUCAUCCUAUACUCUAUUAAUCGAUCCAACCAUUAAAUUACCAACAUCAAUCGAAUUAUAA